AGGCGAAGACGGAGGGAGAACACAGCACACGGAGAACACACGGAGCUCGGAUCGAUAUCGUGGUGCUGGAAUGUGGUUCCCUGGUAUCCCAGAGGAAACAAAAAUAUCCCACGGUGUCAGUUUAGCGUAUGAAAACAUCAUCCGGGAACUAAAAAAAAAAAAAAACAGCGGUGGAGUUUUCCUGAAUGGUCUCAAUAUGACCGGGGUUUACCGAUGCUGACGGGUGUUCAUUUAUAGGCAGACAGUGAGACUCACAAAUCUUACAUAUCAGUAUUUUCUGUUUACACUUCUGAAAUGGAUUCCCCGCACAGCAGAACUGAGCGCAAAAAUAUGGACCAAUGUCUGCGCCGGCUGAAGCAGGAGCUGCUGUGUAUGCGUGAGGCGGGUGAUGGCCUGCACGCUCAGAUGAACUCCAUGAUGGGGGCCUUACAGGAGCUCAAACUGCUGCAAGUUCAGACUGCUCUGGAGAACCUGGACCUCUCCGCCGCCAAGCCUCCCUCCCACACACACACACACUCACACACACACUCGCACACACAACACACACACACCCAGACACACACACACUCGCAGCCAACCCAGCCUCUCUUCGACGAGCCUCCGUUCCCUGACCCCCCCUCCCUGCUGGAGCUUGGCUCCGCCUUCAUGUCCGACUCAUCGAUGGAGGAGGCCACACCCCCACCUCCGCCGCGGCCAAUGAAAAAGCGCUCCUCUCACCGGGGCAGUCUCAGCACCUCCCCCUCCUCCUCUUCCUCUUCCUCCUCCUCCUCAGCAUCAGCGUCAGGUUCAGCGGACAGCAGCCUCCUGCUCUCCCACAGGUCCUCUCGCCACAGCACCACCUCCUAUGAGGACGCCUCUGGCUCAGGCUCGGGUUCUAGCUCAGGCUCGGGUUCUAGCUCAGGCUCGGGUUCUAGCUCCGGGUCCGGGUCCGGGUCUGGCUCCAGUUCCGGUACCAGCUGGCACUCGCGCCAGCGUCAGCCCCCGGUGGCGGUCACUGCCCCUCCUCUUCCUCCUCUUCCUCCUCUUCCUCCUCCUCCCUCGCUGUCUGAGCUGCAGGAGCUGCUGCUGUGCCUGUCUCGCCAGGGCCCGCCGCUCCGCCACGACCUUUGCCCUCUGGGGGCGGAGGAGGAGGAGGAGGACGGCGACUGGACGUCCUCGCUGAUGAGCUGUAGUCGCACGCGCCAGCCGCUGGUGCUCGGAGACAGCUUCCUGGCCGACCUCGUCGGUAAUUGGCUGGACCUGCCAGAAGUGGGCGGAGCCGAGGAGGAAGGGGCGUCGGCGGCCGGUCGUGGUCGUCACGGCGACGGCGGAAGCCACGCCCCGCGUCCGUCCCGCGCCCAGGAGCUGCGUCGCCGCAUCGCGCUCACCACCGGGAUCUUCAAGAAGGUUCUGCGCAGCGUCAGGCCCGACCGCGACAAGCUGCUGAAGCAGAGGCCUGGCUGGCCCGACCCCACGGAGAACCCGUCGCAGAACCCGCAGGAGAACCACGCGGAACAGCUGCGCAAGAGAACCAAGCGGAACGCAGCCGCCGCCAAGCCCAAGGCCAGCUUCUACCGGCCCUUCUGGAGCCGCAAGGGGAAGGCCGGCGCCACGCUGCCCACCGACAGGCUGCCUCCCCUGGGCAUCGGGCCCCAGAGAGGGGCCUGGGUGCCCGUCGAGAGGGGUCACCCGCUGUUCGACCACAACGCUGCCAUCUGGGUGUGAGAGCCCACUCUGGGCACUGGGGUGCCAGAGCAGAGAUGG